AACCAUUUCCUCAUUUCACCACCGAAACCAGAGCAACCAAACCCUCCCUGCAAAUUUUCCCCGUUCACUCGCCGGAAUUUGAAACAAUGUCGAAAGAGGUGACGGAAGAGGGACAGUCCAGCUUGAGAAAGGACUACGUCGACCCACCGCCGGCGCCGCUCAUCGACGUCGCCGAACUCACCCUCUGGUCCUUUUACAGAGCUCUAAUCGCCGAGUUCAUCGCCACUCUCCUCUUCCUCUACGUCACCAUCGCCACCGUCAUCGGCAACAGCAAACAGACCAAAAUGUGCGACGGCGUCGGAAUCCUCGGCAUUGCCUGGGCCUUCGGCGGCAUGAUCUUCGUCCUCGUCUACUGCACCGCCGGAAUUUCCGGCGGUCAUAUCAAUCCGGCUGUUACAUUCGGGCUGUUUCUGGCGAGGAAGGUGUCGCUGAUCAGAGCGGUGGGGUACAUGGUGGCGCAGUGCGCCGGAGCCGUCGUCGGCGUCGGAUUAGUUAAAGCUUUCAUGAAACAUGAUUACAACAACAACGGCGGCGGAGCAAACGCCGUUAAUUCUGGUUACAGUAGGGGAACAGCUCUCGGUGCUGAGAUAAUCGGAACGUUUGUUCUUGUUUACACCGUUUUCUCUGCUACUGACCCCAAAAGAAGCGCGCGUGACUCUCACAUCCCUGUUUUGGCGCCAUUGCCGAUCGGCUUCGCCGUGUUCAUGGUUCAUUUAGCCACCAUUCCCAUCACCGGAACCGGAAUCAACCCGGCUAGAAGCUUCGGCGCCGCCGUGAUCUACAACCGUGAAAAACCCUGGAACGACCAUUGGAUCUUCUGGGUGGGUCCGUUCGUCGGAGCACUGGCGGCAGCGGCGUACCACCAGUACAUUCUCCGAGCAGCCGCCAUUAAAGCGUUGGGAUCAUUCCGCAGCAACCCGACCAACUGAGAGGAAGAAGAAGAAGAGGAAGUGAUGUUUUUAGUUAUUCGUUAUUAUUUGAUGUCUGGUUGUGUGAAGCCUGAGAGAUUAUGAAGAUGAUGAUGGGCUGUUUGAGUGUUUAUGUUAUUUUAUUUAAUUUUUAAAAUA